UUCGUCCGGAGUCACUUUCACUGAGCACACGGAGCGCUGUUUGGUGUCCUGUCUUGUUUUUUGGGGGAGGAGGAUUAAAACACAACCUUGGAUACUUCUAGGAGUUUCUCAACAAUGUUACCAUCCAGCUUUUAAAGCUGUCAAAGGAUGCAUACAACACGCAGCCCCUCAUCCAUCCCGACAGGUGUCUCCGGAGAUGCCCUGGACCUCAGCUUGUCAGGCUCCCAGCUCUCUAUGUCCAAAAGACCCAGCAGCGCGUCGCCUGGGAAGUACUUCUCUCGGUCGGUGUCUGUGUCGGUGGCAAGCGAGAGCAGGGGGAAACGCAACACCCUGAGCGACGCCAGCUUCGGUAGCUCCCGCUCCAUUAAGAACCUGAGGCGAUCAAACAGCACCACGCAGGUUAACCAGCAGGCCAACAUCAGCCUAAGUCAGGACCAGAGCGAGGACUACUUGGCCCUCUUUGACAGCAGCUCCGAUGGACGUAAGAAGCUGGCCAGCCUCAGCAAAGCCUCACCGGACAGAACUACGUGGAACAUCCUGGAUGAUCAGCCCAGAGCUUUCCCUCUGCACUCCAGCUCUCGCAGCACCGGCAGCGUUGACUCACCCACCAGCAUGAAGAAGAGAGAGCCUGGCAUCGCUCUGGCUGCCACUUUCACUGCCAACAACAGGAGCAACAAGGGAGCUGUCGGCAACUCUGUUACUACUAUCUUACACAACAACUACUCUGAGAAGCCGCUCACGCCGAAGAGCUCCAACCAGAAGCCAUCUUUUAAUAACAUCCUGAAGGCCACAGCAAAUGACGAGGUAUCACUGGAGAACGGCUCCGUCACAAAGUCCCAGAAGAACUUCUCUUCAGCUUCUUCCACCUCCAACAAUAAGAGUCCCGUGUCGGCCCAGCGCGGCAGCCCCGUCCUGACACGAAGGAGAGAGGUCACCGAGGAGGAGGCUGAGAGGUUUAUUCAGCAGGUGAACCAAGCAGCAGUCACCAUCCAGCGCUGGUACAGACAACAUGCCAAAAGACAACAAACCAACCACACAACGCUCAAACGCAUCCUCGCCAGUAAAAGAAAGGAGUGGGAGGAGAGAACAGCGGAGGACAGUCGCCUGGAGCAGCAGCAGCAGAAGAAAGACGACGACAGGAAAAGGAUUCGUGAAGAGAAAGCUCGAUUGGCCCGCCUUGCUGCCAUACAGGAGCUGCAGCAGAAAAGAGCCCAGCGGGUUGCAGAAGUGCAGCGUGCAGCCGAGGUGGAGGUGGAAAACAUGAGGCAGACCGGUGCUGCAGGGCGCAAGAAGCCACCCAGGAUUUCUCCCACCAACAGGAGUCCGGCAUCACCGAGCAAUAACAGCCCGAUGUCUCCGACAGACGUCAAAGCUAAGAACACAGACUCCAAUCUGAAUGUUAUGGCCGACGUGGGUGAAUUCAGCUUUAGAGCCGUUUCUCCAGCUUUGUCUAAUCACAGAGGCUCUCAGUGCUCCCAGGAGCCGAAUGACAGAGCAGAGGAAGAAAUUUGCCUGGAGCAACAUCAGGAAAGCGACAGGAAAUCGAUUCGUAAAGAGAAAGCUCGUUUGUCCAGACUCGCCGCCACCCAGGAGCUGCAGCAGAAAAGAGCCCAGCGUGCAACUGAGGUGGAGGUGGAAAACUUCAGGCAGACUGGUGCUGCAGGGCGCAAGAAGCCACCCAGGAUUUCUCCCUCCAACAGGAGUCCAGCGUCACCGAGCAAUAACAGCCCGAUGUCUCCGACAGACGUUAAAGCUAAGAACACAGACUCCAAUCUGAAUGUCGUGUCCGAUUUAGAUCUCUCCAGCUUCAGAGCCGUUUCUCCAGCUUUGUCCAAUCGCAGAGGUUCCCAGUGUUCACAGGAAAUUCUUCAGAGGUCGGUUAGUGUGGAGGACCAGCGGCAGGGAGCUUUGUCCAGCAGGACUCAGUCCAAAACCACCCUCAACGAGCUGCUGGACACCCUGAAGCUGUUAGAGGAGGAGCCAGAGAGGCUGUCGGAGCCAAAGUGCUAUCAAAAAGAAAAAUAUGCAUGGAUCGAUGAGGACGGGGACUCCACCUCUUUGACCACCGACAACCUGGAGCGCCAUGGCCAGCUGAUUCACCACCCUGCCCUGCCAGACGGGGGCGCCCUGCUCUCUGAGGCCAAGCUGCAGAGCAUCAUGAGCUUCCUGGACGAGAUGGAGAAGUCUGAACAGGAGAGACCGCGCUCAGUCACCUCAGGAUCACACAGAGAGGCUGUGUUGUCAGAGGAGGAGCUGGUCGGAAUCGAGCACGCGUCGGCCACCGCAGCCGAAAUCACCGGCUCCAUGAUGAGAAUCAAGCUGGAACUGGAGGAGAAGAAACGCACCGUCAACAUGCUGCAGACCGCUCUGGCCCAGCAGAGGGAGCUUACAAUCAGGCACGUGAAGGAGACCGAGAAGGAGCUGAACAGAAACUUCCAGCUCCAGAAGGAACAAUAUGAAGCCACCAUUCAGAGACACCUAGCAUUCAUCGAUCAGCUGAUCAAUGAUAAAAAGGCUCUGAGUGAGCGCUGUGAAGGAGUGGUGGGAGAGCUGAAGCAGGUGGACCAGAAGUACACCAAGAAGAUUGCACAAAUGCAGGAGCAGCAUGAAAUGGAGAUCAAAAAGUUAAAAGAGCUAAUGAGCGCCACGGAGAAAAUCCGCCGGGAGAAAUGGAUCGACGAGAAAACCAAGAAGAUCAAAGAGAUCACCGUCAAAGGUCUCGAGCCCGAGAUCCAGAAGCUCAUCUCGAAGCACAAGCAGGAGCUGAAGAAGCUACGGACGCUUCACGAGGCCGAGCUGCUGCAGUCGGACGACCGGGCGGCCCAGCGCUACGUCCACCAGUGUGAAGAGCUCCGACAACAGCUGGAGAGGGAGAAGGAGGAGCAGUGUCAGAGAGAGAGGGAGCUAGCAAAACAGAGAUACGAGAAGCAGCUUCAGGAGGAGGAGUUGUCGCUGCAGCAGCAGAGGAGGCGUCUCUACAAGGAAGUGGCCGAUGAGAAGGAGAGGCUGGCCCAGUUGGCUGCGAGGCAGCGCGCUGAGCUGGAGGAUCUACGGCGGCAGCUGGAGGAGAACAGCUCCCUGGCUGGGCGAACCCUCAGAGUGGAGCUGGACAAGACCAGAGAGGAACAGGAGAGGAGACACCAGGCGGAGAUGAAGGCCUUACAAGAACGUUUGGAUAUUGAAAAGCAAACAUGGGAGGAAAACUACAAGAAGAAAGAGGAAGCGUGGCUGCUGAGCCGCGAGCGAGAGCUCAAAGAAGGCCUGCGACGAGAACGCGACAAAGAGAUCGAGCUCGCCAUCUGGACGCUGGAGGAGGAGACCAGCAAGGACAAAGAGGAGUGUGAGAGGGCGGCUGACAACAGGGUGAAGCGAGUGAGGGAAAAGUACGAGGCCGAGCUGAGGGAGCUGGAGCGCUCGGAGAGGACGGCGGUGGAGAAACAGCAAGACUUGAGGAAGCAGCAGAUGGAGAUGGAGGGAGAGCUGAUCAGAGUGCAGGGCCUUCUGAGACAGAAAGAACAGGAGAUUGAAGAUGUCACACAAACCAGGGACAAGCUGGCGGAUGAGCGCCGCAGCCUGGCAGAGGUGAUCAGGCAGGAGUUUGCGGACCGGCUGGUGCUGACGGAGGAGGAGAACCGCAGGAUGAAGGUGGAGGUGUCAGAAGUACGAGCGAGGCUACGACUCGAGGUGGAGAGGGUCACCAGGGAGAAGGAGGAGGAGCUGGCUGAAGUUCACCAACGAGUGAAGUCGGCCAUCUUGAAGAAGGAAGAAACCGUCAACAAUCUCCGAAAGCAACACGAGGCCGCUCUGAAGAGGGCGGAUCACCUGGAGGCGCUGUGGGAGCAGCAGAGGAAGCAGCUGCUGGAGAAGUGAGUGACAGGGAAGGCCAAACUGACUCCCCUCCCGCACCCCUUUCCUCCUCCUCCUCUCCGGCUCCGGGCUCCAUCUGUUUGUGUGGCUCAAGCCCCCCCCCACACACACACACACCUGAGGUCUGCUCCUCCUUUAUGGGAUGUUGUUGCUCCUUCCAGCAAGACUGAACCUGUGGAACUUCAGAGGGUUGAACAAGUGACUGAUCCUUGUCCUACCUCACUUGACAAACACAAAAGGGGGGGUGGCGAUGAACUGUGUAGCCCCCCUCCCCCCCAACAUCCAGGUCUAAAGGAACGCGUUGUGUUGGAACUUCCUUAAUUUUAAAUGCCAUAGACCUGGUGGCACUAGAUCAAAAGACGGUGGAUGGAUGGACUUCUCAUUCUUCCCUUUUUUUUUAUUUUUUAAAAGGACGAUUUGCUGCAG